CCGUCACAUAAGCGUCGUAGCCCCUCUCUCAUAUCUUCUUCCCCGUCCUUUCGUUAUCCCAGAAGGUCCGUUUUCGUGGAAAGCGAAGACAUCAACCCUCUCUUUUAACCUCUCGUCCUCUUAAAACCUUCUCCUCCCUCGGUGAGGAGAGGAAUGCAAAAGGAGUGUCUCGAAGCUUCUAAACGUUUUUUUUUCUUUGCAGGAGGUAAUUUAAAAGACACCUUGAAGCGCCUAAUGCAGCGAAGAGAAGAAAAAGAACCAAUUUUUAUUAUAGCUUUUUUUUUUGUGGACUUGGGUAGAAAAGUACAUUUCAAAAAAGCUGACAGCACGUCUAGGGAAGUAGAACUUCGAGGUUGUCAUGCUUGAAGGUAUUUUUGAAUGUUCGGAGCGAUAUCAGCGUGCACCUUUGCGUGAAACACGACCUUUCCCUGGGACUGCAUUUUGACAUUUGGAAUAUAUCGGAGGAAAGUGACGGCGACUCUUACAACACCUUGCGCAUUUAUUGGCAGGCAAUUAGCCAAUCAAUAGACUUCAGCUGGGCAAGUGAGGACGUCAUGACAACGAUUACGCAUUGAGAAUGAAGGGCACAAAGUUCUACAUUGCCAAAAUUACAAGCAUCAGCGCUCCGUCUGAUCGUUCAUUAGUAUUUUUUUCGAGCGGAAGCCUCACACUCUCCGCGUUUUGGAUGCGUAAAAGUGGACCGACUGUUCCAGAGUAAUGCGCGAACACAGAAGGACCGACCGGAGUCCGUGUCAUAUUCAAAACCGUGGAGAAAAGGGAAAGGUGUUUUAAACACGCUUUUUUGAACCCAGAAAGUUCGGUCAGAGGUUCGGAGAAUCGCUUUUGACCGAGAGGGGGAUGAGAGCACGCAAUCUCCUGGAGGUAAUCGUUUGGCUGCAGCGGUGAGAAGAGAAGAGAAGAGAAGAGAAGAGAAGAGGAGAGAAGAGAGAGGUUGGAUUAUUCGAAAACUGUAACAUCCUGCGCAGGUCAAGAUCCUGUCAUUGGCAUCCCUUUGGAGACUGAGCGUGUACCUCUCACAUCGCAGGUCCCAGUGGAGAGGAGAGUGAUGAAGAUGUCACUCUUUCUCCUCCUCAUCCUUGACCUCCUUGCCUCAGGAGCCAGCGAUGACGUCAAGUACAUCUCCAAGCGGAAUUCUGUUGAUGGGUGCAUCGACUGGUCAGUGGAUCUGAAGGAGUACCAUGUUCUGGCCGGUGAGCCAGCAAGGGUGAAAUGUGCCUUGUUCUACAGCUACAUCCGGACCAACUACACCAUGGCCACAAAUGCCAAACUGCGCCUCAUCUGGUACAAGAACAAAGGGGAUGCUGAGGAGCCCAUCAUCUUCUCAGGCCAUAGGCUGAGUAAAGAAGACGACUCCAUCUGGUUCAGGUCUGCCGAAAUGGAAGAUAAUGGUUUCUACACCUGUGUACUAAGGAACUCAACAUACUGCAUGAAGGUGUCUAUGUCCAUGACUGUGGAGGAGAGUGAUGAGGGGAAAUGCUUCAGCAGCAACAUCCGCUAUCUGGAGAAAGCCGAGAUUACCCACAGCAAAAUGAUCACAUGUCGUGACAUAGAUGACUAUUUGGCUCCGUACAAACAACCUCAAAUGACAUGGUACAAGGAGUGUGAGCGGGUCGAAUGGAGAAGUUCAAUUAUCGUCAACAAUACACACAUAUGGAUCCCAGAGGUAGAGGAGGAGGAUGGGGGGAAUUACACCUGUGAGUUGCAGUAUGGAUCCAGACUGGUGCGGAGGACAACACAGCUCAAAGUCACAGCUCUUCAGACCACCCAGCCACCGAAAGUCCUUUUCCCCCCGCAGGGACAAGACACAGGGAUCGAGACCACACCCGGAAUGCCUCUCAGUCUGGACUGCAAGGCAUUUUUUGGCUACAGUGGAGAAAACAGGAGGCCGAUCAUCUACUGGAUGAAAGGAGAGAAGUUUGUUGAAGAGCUUGCAGGACACAUUAAAGAAAGUGAUGUCAGGAUUUUAAGGGAGCAUUUGGGGGAAAAGGAAGUGGAGCUAUCCUUAACUUUUGAUGCUAUCGAGGAGACUGACCUGGCUAAUUACACCUGCUACGUGGAGAACCACAUAGGGCGGCGCCGUGGGAGUGCUAUACUUCAGAAGAAAGAUAUGUAUCGUUUGGAGUUGGCUGGUGGUCUGGGUGUCAUAUUGCUGCUGCUAGGAGUACUCACAGCCCUUUAUAAAUGCUACAACCUGGAACUUAUGCUAUGCUACAGGAGACAUUUUGGCAGUGAUGAAACGGAAGAUGAUAAUAAGGAGUAUGACGCUUACCUAUCUUAUACCAAAGUGGAUCUGGACUCUUUGGGCAGAACAAGCAGUGACGAGGAAACCUUUGCUUUGGAGAUCUUGCCUGACGUCUUGGAGAAACACUAUGGAUACAAGCUGUUUCUUCCAGACAGAGAUCUCAUUCCGAGCAGUACAUACAUUGAGGACCUAGCUCGUAGUGUGCUGCAGAGCAGACGGUUGAUCAUCGUUUUGACACCAGAGUUUGUGGCCAAGAGAGGUUGGAGCAUCUUUCAGAUAGAAACACGCCUCCACUCCAUGCUGGUCACUGGGGAAAUCAAGGUAAUCAUGAUUGAAUGUGCUGAUUUGAGGAGUGUGAUCAACUACCAAGAGGUGGAAGCACUUAAACAUACAAUCAAGGUUUUAUCGAUCAUCAAAUGGAGGGGUCCAAAGAACAAUGAACUGUCAUCAAAGUUUUGGAAACAGGUGGUCUAUGAGAUGCCUGCUAAGCGAAGAGAGACUAUAUCCAGACGUCAGGUGAUGGACUCGGGUGAGCAGGGACUCUUUGGAGACCUACAAACAUCCGUCUCCACCAUUGCCAUGACAACCACCUCAGCAUCCCUGGUGCCUCCAAGUGAGAAUCGGCACGGACAUCAUCAGGUUCCCUUGGCAACAGAGAUCCCGGACUACAACCAGAUGACCUUGCCUCUUGGAGGGGGUCACAUGGCUACCGCAGCCCAAAUGAGGCAUUUUUGCCGUAGCUACGAGUUUCAUCUUCCCCCACAGCCACCUGCCAUGUCGCCCCCUCUCCCACCUCCAUCCACCAUGCAGUUCUCCACUCUGGGCCCUGGGGGACGCCAUGUCUACUGCAACAUCCCCAUGACAAUUCUGAAUGGACAGGGGUUCAGGGCAGUUGACUGGGGAAGAAGAGGUAUCACAGAGCAGCACACUUGGAAAGAAGCCCAAUCUUCCCCUGAACAGCACCUUUGUCCCACUCACCAGCAGAGAACUAAGCUCUGAUAUCUGGUAGAAACUUUGGACAGGAACUGUGCUGAUUCUGGAUUAAAGACUAUUGGUUUACAAAGAAAUUCUCACUGACUUGGGACAAAUGUUUCUUGGACCUUCUGCAGACAUGGGUUGGGGUCUCUUCAAUCCAUGCCGUGAACAAAAACUGCUUACUUAUUCUAAACCGGACGAGAUCUGGACUGCUUCUCGACCAACAUAAACUGAUUGAUUAAACUGAUUGUAUAUUUGUUCUGACCCUACCACUGAGUUACAGACUGAUAUCAAGUGGGGAGUAGGAUUUAAAAGGACACAUUUGCUUGCAAUACAAGUAGACAUGCCACAGAAAAUUUGAGGAAGACGCAUGGACAUGGAGGAUUUGUUGAUGUCUUGAAUGGCGAACGAGAAAGAUCCCGGAUAUUAAGACACUCUUUAGUGAUCCACCAGCCAUGGGUUUGUGUUAGUACCACAUUGAGAAGAGAAAAAUAAAUAAAAUCACAAGACUAAAGUCACAAGCAGUAAUACUGUUAUUUCAAUGAGUAACUGUUAAAAUCGCCACACAACCGCAGAUUUCCACUGUUUCACCGUAGAUCAUGAAGUACAUCAGUUAAGAUACGACUAAAUUAUAAUACCGACACUAUAUUUAACCCCAUUCUCACAUUUUGACUUUAUUUUUUUUUCCCCCCAGUGUAGACCUAAUACACGAGUGUUGGACCUUGGGGAGAAAAAAAAGUUGGUCUAGAUACCUGAUGCUUUUAAGUUCCUUAACAACUUGGAAUAUUUGGUUGUUAGAAAAUUCAUGUCCCACAUGGUCAGGUCAUAAAAUGAAUAAUCACAACCAAUAAACUUGGGACACCAUUCCAUUCUUAUCAGUACAAACAGUAUAUGUGCUUUAUUAGCUAUAAGAUUCUAAUGCUGUACUUCGAUGGAAGACAUCCAUUGAUUACAUUUGAUUGAUUGAUCGAUUGAUUGAUUGAUUCAAUCAGUCUCAAUCAAAUAAAAAACAAAAUAGGAAAUUAAGAGUGAAAUGAUGUUUACAGCGGCACAGUGACCGACUGGCGAGCCUGUACGCCGACACUUGUGCCUACAUGGGGUUUCUCUGGGUACACUGGUUUCUUCCCACACACUUCAAACAUGCAGGUUAGCUUAAAUUGAAGACUCUAAAUUGUCCCUGCCCUGUGAUUGAAUGGUGUCCAGUCCUGGUUGCCCCCCACCUUCUGCCUGAGGUCAACUGGAACACGCUCCAGCACACCCAUGACCCCAAUGAGAAUUAGCAGUAUAGAAAAUGGAUGUAUAAGGUGGUGCACGUGGAUCUAGAUUGUUUAUUUGUUGAGGGAAGAGGAUAGCAAUGGAAAAGAGAAGCCACUUCAGUGUUCAGCUGGUUGAACUGGUGAAAAGAUGAACUGGAAAACCUUUACCCUGAAUCUGCAGGCGUCAAGGAAAUGGAUUUUUUAUGUGCAUGAUCACACAUUUGGAUAUAUAAGAGAAAAAAAAAGAAGGAAAAAAAACAAUAGGUAGACUAAAUGACACAAUCAUUUGUCGCAGCAUCUUUUGACAUGGGGGAUGGAUCGGGUGGUUACAGAAAAAAAGGAGCGGUUCUCCUAAAUAUUGCAAUUUAAUUUGUUUUGUUUGGCUUUGUUGACACUUUAAUCCUUCUUUAACUUAGGUGAGUGGUUUACCUGGCUUAGUUUUAAGUGUCGUUUUGUUCCAAUAAUCUCUGUACAGCUUCAAUAAUGUACACAUAGAUCUAUACAGGAGUGAUUUCUUCCCUACAAUUUCUGUUCCAUGUCGUUUUGUUUAUCUUUCAUGAUGGACAAGUAAAAGUCAACAGGGAGUGUCAACGGCAUUGUUCUUUGUGAGCUUUAAGAAAUAAAACUGAUUAUUAUUCGUACCAUGAUAUUUAAGCAGAGAACCUGUUUUGAAUUUAUGCAAAAGUUCUGUCAUUGUCUUAACAGGAAUGGAACCAAUGAAUUCUGGAUAUUGGAGAUGAUUUGAUACAAUAAUUAUAAUUUACAUGGAUGGGUGUUAUAUCCAAUUGCAAUAUAAAGUCUAGUGGUUGUCUUUUGAUUUACAGAAAUUGUGUUGAAUAUUCUUUGAAUAUAUCGGUUGGAAUAAUUUAAAGAAAAAUAAAGUUCAUGAGUUGUUUUA